AUGGGCGGCCUCUUCUGGCGCUCCGCGCUGCGGGGGCUGCGCUGCGGCCCGCGGGCCCCGGGCCCGAUCCUGCUCGUGCGCCACAGCUCGGCGUCCCCUCCAGAGGAGGGCGGCUGGGGCAGAGCUCAGUGCUGACCCUGGGUCUGGAAGCGACAGGCCUUGAAACUCCACAGCAGCACAGGCCCCGUCUCUUGGCUCGGACAGAACUCUGCCACCUUCCCUCUUCAGUCUUCGGGCCCCUUUUGUCCGUGUUUCCAGGGCUCACCUGGUGGGGAAAGAGGGCCCUCCUGGACCCAGGAGCGUACCCUGGUGGCGGUGAAGCCAGAUGGCGUGCAACGGCGGCUCGUUGGGGACGUGAUCCAGCGCUUUGAGAGGCGGGGCUUCACACUGGUGGGGAUGAAGAUGCUGCAGGCACCAGAGAGCGUCCUUGCCGAGCACUACCAGGACCUGCAGAGGAAGCCCUUCUACCCUGCCCUCAUCCGCUACAUGAGCUCUGGGCCUGUGGUGGCCAUGGUCUGGGAAGGGUACAAUGUCGUCCGCGCCUCGAGGGCCAUGAUUGGACACACCGACUCGGCUGAGGCUGCCCCAGGAACCAUAAGGGGUGACUUCAGCGUCCACAUCAGCAGGAACGUCAUCCACGCCAGCGACUCCGUGGAGGGGGCCCAGCGGGAGAUCCAGCUGUGGUUCCAGAGCAGUGAGCUGGUGAGCUGGGCAGACGGGGGCCAGCAUAGCAGCAUCCACCCAGCCUGAGGCUCAAGCUGCCUUUACCACCCCAUCCCCCACGCAGGACCAACUACCUCUGUCAGCAAGAACCCAAGCCCACAUCCAAACCUGCCUGUCCCAAACCACUUACUUCCUUGUUCACCUCUGCCCCACCCCAGCCCAGAGGAGUUUGAGCCACCAACUUCAGUGCCUUUCUGUACCCCAAGCCAGCACAAGAUUGGACCAAUCCUUUUUGCACCAAAGUGCCGGACAACCUUUGUGGUGGGGGGGCCUUCACGUUAUCGUAACCUCUUCUCUAAAGGGGAGGCAUUAAAAUUCACUGUGCCCAGCA